CUCCGCUCGCGGGCUUGAUCCCGCACUGGAAGCCCGCCGUGCGUGCUCCCCCGGGCGGGGUCGGAGAUAAAGUACAACAAUGGCUGCUGUUUAUUCUGGCAUUUCCCUGAAACUUAAAAGCAAGUCAACUUCAUGGGAUGACAAACUAAAACUGGCUCACUUUGCUUGGAUUUCCCACCAGUGUUUCCUUCCAAAUAAAGAGCAAGUAUUACUUGAUUGGGCGAGACAGACAUUGGUUGCAUUUUAUAAGAAAAAACUUGAACUGAAGGAAGACAUUGUUGAAAGACUUUGGAUCUAUAUAGAUAACAUUCUGCAUAGCAGAAAAUUGCAGACUCUUCUCAAGAAUGGAAAAACAGUUGACCUUCAACUUUCUCUCGUCAAGGUCAUAAAUGAGAGAAUAACUGAAUUCUCACUUUUGGGAUCCCAAAGAAACAUCUGUGCUGUGCUGAGCUGCUGCCAGGGUAUUCUCUCCACACCUGCCCUUGCUGUCAUCUACACAGCCAAACAGGAGCUGAUUGUGACUUUGCUGAGCCAGCUGUGUAGGUUAGCCUGUAAACAGCCAGAAGGACCCAUGGUAGCCCAGUUAUUUGAGGUUAUUCACCUUGCUCUUGGCCAUUACCUUUUGAUCCAGAAGCAGCAGGUCAAUCCAAGACGUACCUUUGGGGAGGUGACUGGGCACCUGCUUCAGCCUUGCUUAAUUCUGAGGCACUUACUCUUAUCAGGCACAUGGACACAGUCUAGCCAGGGUCAACGGUGGCAGGCAUUAAGCAAGGACAUUAGGAGUCAGAUUGAGUCUACACUUCAAAAUGGAGUUUUUCAGCCUGAGCUGCUCUCAUCUUACAGAGAGGAGCUUUUGGAUCACCAACAAGAUGACUCAAAGAUGGGGGCUAUGAAGACUCUUCUAACUCCAAUGAGUACUGUGAUUGCUGCUCUGGUAGAUACUAGUUACUGUGAACCAUCCCUUCAUGCUGCUGUUGUAACCAGCUCAGUGGCCUUGCUUUAUAAGCUCUUUUUAGAUUCUUAUUUCAAGGAAGGGAACCAGUUUCUAUGUUUCCAGGUAUUCCCUAGGCUCUUUGACUGCUUGAGGAUUUCACACCUGCAGGAAAAGCAAGAAAAUUCUCUGUCUGUAUCAGAUUGGACUACAGAACUACUUAUUGUAGAACAGCUGCUAAACUUUGUAGACAACAACAAUAUCUACAAUAUAGCAGCUGAUAGGCUCCGUUAUGGAGAGGCUCAGUUUCACUUUUAUCGGCGUUUGGCUGAACUGCUGUUAAACCAUUCACAAGCAUCUGUGCCAGCCUGGUUCCGUUGCCUCAAGAUCUUGAUGUCCCUGAAUCAUUUGAUUUUGGAGCCAGAUCUGGAUGACCUGUUGACCUCAGCUUGGAUCGAUGCGGAAGUAACAGAGUAUCGUACCAGAAAAGCCCAGGAGGUUCUCAUUCAUGCUCUUUUUCAGACAUAUGCCAGGCUCCGGCAAGUGCCCCGUUUGUUUGAAGAGAUUUUGGGGGUGCUCUGUCGUCCAGCUGCUGAGACACUGAGACAGCCUGUCCUGGCCUUGGGCCCCUCCACAGUCCUCUGUGAGUGUCUCCUAGAGUUGCCUUUUAGUCAGAUCUUGGACACAUGUUCCCUCCUGCUAGACAAGUUCCAGUCUCUGGUCUUGCCUUACUUGCAGGAUGAUACAGACAUGGCCUUGAAGUCACUGUCUUUGAGUUCAUUGCUGCACUGCAUCAUGUUCAAUAUGAAGAGUCUGGAUAGCAACACACCUUUGCCCGUUAUCAGACGAAUGCAGUGCAUGAUGGAGAGAAUGCUCAAGGAGCUUGUGAAUCCCUUGCUGGACCUUCUCUUAGACUCACAAGUACCAGACUCUGAGCUGUGGCUACAGAAGGUUAGUGAUUCUGCACUCCUGCUUGCUUACACCUGGGCCCAAGUUGACAUCAUGUUCAGUUUAAACUGCAGCCAGUAUCAUUCUAUGUCAUGUGUGGCUCAGAAAAACUCAAACUUACCGUUAUUGCUCUCAGGUGUAGACAUACAUUGGGAGAAGAUUGAAAAAUUGACAGCUCGGUUUAACUCUCUAGGGAAAUACUGUUUAGAACAGCUCUACUUGCAGAAAAUGAAAAAGACUUUAAUGCAAAAUACUUUCCAGUCUGAAGAAGUCCUCUACAUAUUGAAGUGUGAUACUGCUUUCAUUCUUGAUUCUGGCAAAGAGAGCUUUAAUCAAAGGUCAACAGCUUCCUGGGAUGGCCAAGUAGCAACGUUGAGUCCACAUACAUAUUCAGUUGCACACUGGCACUUGAUUAUGUCAAAUCUUACAAUUUUAAUACCCUAUCUGUGUUCAAAUGAUGUGAGAUACUUAGCCAAUGUCCUGCUAAACACUUUGCCAAUGAACCAAGCCCAGGAAGACUUGGCAGAGGAAGAACCACACAUCACACUUGAAAAUAUAUCUAAGGGCAUUCUUUUCAGCCCUCUUUUCCCAGAAUUACAAUCCUUUCAUUCUGCUUUCUUAAUGUGCCUGUCUGUGAAAUGUUGUAGCAUCUUGUGUUCUGGUGUCCAGAAUGAGUCCUCUCUUCACCAGUUGUUGCCCUGGCUCUUUGAAAAGGACCACACAGUUGUGGCUUGUUGGGAAAACAGAUUUGCUGGACCUGAAGAGGUAGAACCAAAAGGAGAACUUGCUCAAAGUUUAAUAUCCUUGGUAAAGACUAAUUUUCCUAUCCAGCUGGAGGAAGAACAACUAGAAAGCAUCCUGGAACUUUUGGAAAUUAUUUCUACUCUACAGCUAGAUAGCCUCUUAACUCCUUACCAUAUACAUUAUUUUCUUUUAUUAUUGUCUAUGAUUAUAGCUGAAGUAGGGUGCUUUUGCUCUUCUUCAUUGACUCUCAAAUUUUUAAUAACUUGCUAUAAGCUUCUGGGUUAUCUUCAAAGGGGAAAACGUGCCCAGUCAGUGUUCAAAAUCCUGUAUGUAAGUGAUAUUUUUGAAAUCAUACUGACCUCAUUGUUCAAAGUAAGUAGCAAAUUACUCAUUGAUAUGAAUGAUCCCUCUUGGAUGGAUUUCCUCCAAGUCAUUGAGUCAUUCUUAGAACAACUAUUGCAGAUGCUUAUCCAGUUUAAGUUGAGUUUGGUGCUCAAUUUUGGGAAGAUCAUCACAUUUCUUUCACAGUCCACAGAAGCAGCUUUCAGCAAACAUUUGGAAAAUCACCAUCCUUUGUGUGGGCAGCUUCUUCUUAUGUCUUUUACCAAAUUAUGCCAAGUCUUGGGGCCUUUUGUCAGAGAACGGAAACAGCAGCACGAGGUACCUGAAGCUCUGCAGGAGCUGUUAGAGCAAUCCAUUCUCCAGACAAGAUCUGUGCUCCAGCUCUGCUUGAAACAUGGAACCCAGGACCAGCACCUUUCCUCUGCUUUCAUCUCUUCAGUAAUCACACUCUUGAAAGUGGAUGUGCACCAGAACUCUAGUCACAAGACAGAGCUUUCUCCAGCUACUGACAGAGUGUUGCUCCCUCAUACUGUUCUGUGCCAAGACAUUUACUCCCAAAUCCUUUCACAGUUGCCAUCCCUAGCCAGAAAAAUCCCAUCUUUCCAGGCAGCUGUGCAAUUUUUAACUGUCUUCAUGUUGACUCCAGAACUACAUCCAAAGAAGGAUUCUUUAUUUAUCUCCAUCUUUCAGUCAAUGAGAAAAGUUCUUACAGAUUCUGCAAUUUCAGAUCAGGUAAUUCAGGAUAUUGAGCCUCAUUUGAAAACUUUGUUCACCCAAAUGUUAGAGGUUGGGACCACAGAGGACUUUAGGAUGGUGAUGCAAUAUAUUCUACAAGGACUAGACAUCAGUAACAUGUGGAAGGCAGAUCUACAGACUGUUUUGUCAACUGUUACUUUGCUCAGGUUGCUGUUGAACUGCCCAUUUAGUGGGGAGCAAGCAAGUUUGUUCUGGCGUGCAAGUCCUCAGAUCAUCACAGCUUUAACUCUGCAAAAUCGAGAGGCUUGUCUGGAACAGACUGUGCUCUUCAAGGUGACUGUACCCAUUUUGGAUGUGCUGGCCCUAUUGCUGCGGCAGGGAGAAGAGUUCAUCAGCAACCCACACCAUGUCAGCCUGGCCUUUAACAUUCUGCUUACAGUCCCUUUGGACCACUUGAAGCCUCCUGAGUAUGGAAGCAUCUUCUUGAAUGUACACAAUGUGCUUUUCACAAUUCUGCAGUGUCAUCGGAAGGUAAUGCUGAAAGCCAUUUCUUCUUUCUUAAACUGUUUUAAUAAAUUGGUGUUUUCAGUUGUUCAUGAAGGACGGCAGAAAGACAAAGGAAGCCCUGAUGACCUGCCAGUGAUCCUGAAGUGUGCCCGCUUGGUAGAAAGGAUGUAUAGCCACAUUGCAGCUCAAGCUGAAGAGUUCACAGUGUUCUCCCCAUUCAUAGUGGCUCAGUAUGUGAGUCAGUUGCAGAAGGUUACCUUGUAUCCAGCGAUAAAAGGGCAUCUGCAGGAAGGCAUUUCUAUCCUGGACCUCUGCAUUGAGCGUGAUAUUCAGUUCUUACGGGUCUCACUGCAGCCAGGAGUAAGAGAAGUUAAGGAGCUCUACAAUGAUUACAUGAAGUACCAUAAAGCAAAACAUGAAGGAGAGAAAAGAUACACUGCUUAAAACUAAUUGCAUUUCGUACCUGUGGGAUGUCUUUGGCUUCAUAGUCUGUGUGGAAGAAUGAAAGACUUCCAUGUUUUUGACUUACGGUGAUAUAUGAAAAGGCCCUUUGGACUUAUUUAAUGUUAUUGUAUUUUACAAUAAGUUUUAGAGUGUUUUUUAAAAUUAUUUUUUAAUGUAGUAUUGUAAUAGAACCCCAAAAGUUGACCUCUGAAUUGAAAGUGAAUUCAAUAAAAUAUUGCAGAAAUUUUGGCC